UCCUCGUAUAUAUACAUGUGAAGAAAUCGAAGACACACAAAAACCACAAUGGAAGUCCCAAGAGCAUACUCAGAACACCUCCCAGCAGUCCCAGAAUGGCUAAACAAAGGCGACAACGCAUGGCAAAUGACAGCAUCAACUCUCGUCGGCCUCCAAAGCAUGCCGGGACUGGUCAUCCUCUACGCCAGCAUCGUCAAAAAAAAAUGGGCCGUAAACUCAGCCUUCAUGGCUCUAUACGCCUUCGCCGCCGUGCUCCUCUUCUGGGUCCUCCUCUGCUAUCGCAUGGCCUUCGGCGAUAAGCUCCUCCCAUUUUGGGGCAAAGCCGCCCCCUCUCUCGGCCAACAAUUCCUCGUCCGCCGUGCCGCCGUGCCCGAGAGUGCUCACUUUGAGACUCCCAUGAUUGAGCCUUUUUUUCCGAUGGCGUCGUUGGUGUACUUUCAGUUUAAUUUUGCGGCGAUUACGAUGAUUUUGUUGGCAGGGUCGGUGUUGGGGAGGAUGGAUAUAAGGGCGUGGAUGGCUUUUGUGCCGAUGUGGUUGGUUUGUUCGUAUACUGUUGGGGCUUUUAGUUUGUGGGGUGGUGGGUUUUUGUUUCAUUGGGGUGUUAUUGAUUACUCUGGUGGUUAUGUCAUUCAUCUUUCUUCUGGAAUUGCUGGUUUCACCGCUGCCUAUUGGGUUGGGCCGAGGUUGAAAAGCGACAGGGAGCGGUUUCCCCCAAACAAUGUGUUGUUGAUGCUCGCGGGUGCAGGGUUGCUAUGGAUGGGUUGGUCGGGUUUCAAUGGUGGCGCACCAUAUGCAGCGAACAUCGAUUCAUCAAUGGCUGUACUAAACACAAAUAUAUGUGCGGCGACGAGCCUUCUCGUAUGGACAUCGCUCGACGUUCUCUUCUUUGGAAAGCCAUCGGUGAUCGGAGCUGUUCAAGGCAUGAUGACCGGCCUCGUUUGCAUUACUCCAGGUGCAGGAGUAGUGCAAUCGUGGGCUGCGAUAGUGAUGGGUAUACUAUCUGGUUCCAUUCCUUGGGUAUCCAUGAUGAUUCUUCACAAGAAGUCUUCUUUGCUACAGAAG